CAGGGUUGUCCUGCGCGUUCUCUCUCUAGCUCUCUCUGGAUCCAAACAGCCACUUUUGCUGCCGCGUUUUCGGUUUCUCUCUCUAUUUUAUCCGAUUCUUCUGGGAGUUCUUCGAGGUGGCUGCUUCUAUGCCAUUUUGUCGAGAAAAUGGGCGAAGAUAAGGGCUGUGGGAAAUUAGGACGAAUGCUUCCAAGGGAUAAGUCUGCAAACUCUUAUGACGUCUCCCUUCUUUUGUCCCCUGUUGUCUCUGUUUGGGAUUGCGUUGUCCGUAAGAUGAGGUAUUCCUCCAUACCGGAGUGGGUGUAGCUCUCUCUGAGAUUGUAGCGUUUAUAGCAGAGCAAGUUUAGGACACUGUUUAGUUUUAGAAGAAAAGAAAAAGGGGAAAAGGAAGAUAAGAGGGGAAAAACAACUAGUUACGUUAUGUUUACAUUUUAGUGUUUCUUCUUAGGGAAGUCCAAAGGCUACUACAAAAACUUGGGGAGGGGUUUGAAAAUCCAUCAUGAAUAACCCGACAUGCACGCAAGCUCUGCCCAUCCAUAGAAAAGUGAAGAAGAAGCAGGUAAAAAAUGAACUGGACCGCAUCAAGCAAGCAGAGAAGAAAAAGAGGCGGCUGGAGAAAGCUCUCGCAACAUCUGCAGCUAUCCGUGCUGAGCUAGAGAAGAAGAAGCAGAAGAAAAAGGAAGAACAGAUAGAGCUGUAUGAAGAAGAGGCAGCAAGGAGGCAGAAGAUGAAAGAUGAACUUGACUGUAUUGAACAAGCUGAGAAGCAAAAGAUGCAUCUGGAGAAAGCUCUAGCCAUCCGGGCCGAGCUAGAGAGGACAAAACAGAAAAGACUGGAAGAACAACAGAGGCUGGACGAAGAAGGAGCUGCAAUAGCAGAGGCUGUUGCUUUGCACGUUCUACUCGGGGAAGAUGCCAAUGAUCAAUGUCAAAUCAUGUUCGAUGGAGAAAAGGGUUUCAACCCCAACAUUAACAUGUACAUGGGUGGUCGGGCUGAAUGCAUUCCUCAUCAUGCCUGCAGCAGUUACGCAGUUCGAGGAAUCGGGUUUUUGUCAAAUGCUUACGGGUUAGUAGGAAACAACAGUAGCUGGUCACUGCCAUAUGAGCCUUUCAGAAGGGAUAGAUACGAGCCAUGUUCCGAAGAAGGGGGAUGGGGUCAGAUGGGUUUAUUUUCGGCUGAUCUGAUUGUCGCACAGGCCGUUUCUUCACUACAGAUAUCUGAAAAUGCUGAAGGAGACGCCAUCUUCUGCGAUGGGAUGUUCAGAGGGAUGACAUUAAUGUAGCAGAAUAAUGUUUGUGUGUUCUUCCUUAUUCAUAUAUCUUUUGCGUUCUUCAGUGUGGAAAUUCACGUUACUGAUGUUUGGGGAUGUUGAAUCAGAUGCUGUUUGUUUUG